AUGUCUAUCAGCAACUUCAUGACCACGAAGGAGAAGGACUAUGUUGCAGAAUGUCUACGGAAAAACACUCGGCACUUCCGUGCAAACAUAGACUGCUCUGCUCUAUUUGAUCCGAAUGCAGGAAAGAUUGAGGUUAAGGAGGAAGAAGGAGAGCCCAGGAAGAGUGUAUGUUUGGUCUUUGGAAAGAAGGGGAAGAAGUCGUCAAAGGCAUCCAGGAUUUCGUUUGGAAUUGAGCCCGAGUGUGCCAGAAUAGAGCUCCGCAAUACACUUAUGCUUGAAGAAAUAAUUGACCUUUACACGAUUAACAAGCACUGCAAGAUAAGUGAAACUGAUUUUGAAGAGAAUAGAAGACUAAUUGAAUCAAGAAUGCAAUCUAAUUUUGAUGCGCUUGUUACGAACAGAAAGUUUUUCUGGUUUCUUAAGGAUUAUCUUAUGAAUGCAAAUAAUAGCCAAAAGCAUGAGGUUCUGAACCAUUUACAGAGAACGUUUCAGCAUGUGAAGGAUGUGCCUGCCUUCUAUGAACUUAUUGGGACAUUAGUUGAUGACAUCCCAAGGAUACCUUAUGAAGACCUUGAUCCUGGAUUUGUCUCUACAUUUAUAUUCUUUCCAUGCGGAGUCAUUCUAGCAACUCUACUUCUUCUACAGAACAAUGAGCUUUGCAGCGUUAUGUAUGAGUCUACAGUCAGUAAGUCGAUUGAAUUGUACCCGAGUGACAGAUACAGUUGGCAGUUUUUUUCGGUUCUAAUUUCAUUGGUUGAUGCAGACAAGCAGAGUGAGAUUGUAAAGCUGUUGAAGCCAUGUAUUAUUGAAGCAGUUAAUAGAUACAAUGAAACAGAGGAGUGUUAUGUAAAGUUAUUCUUGGAUGCAAUAGGAAUCGGAAUAGAGGAGAUACAAGAGAUACCAAUGUGA